AACGGUGCAGGGGCCUUGCCGCGAAGCCCACGACGGUGGGUUUCCGCCGCAGGCCAGAGGCGGUGCGCUUCCACCAGCUCGCAGUCCAAAGAGGAAGCCCGAGAAGCUGCGCACGACUUGUUUGUUUGAAAACAGUUGGGCGCGUCGGCCUCUUCCGAGGGCCGCUGGAGGGUCUGCAGCGUUUCCCGGGGGAGCCGCGGGGUCGGGAAUGCACCGAGCGGCUGGAUUCCUCUCUGUGGCCUCCCACCCCGAGCCCCCGAGCCCCAACACUCCAGCCUGUUGCUUCGUCCCCACCCCCUCCGCUCCAGGUCGGCUUUUCCCGGCAACUCCAGUGUGACUUCCAAACUCCUGGGCCCCGGGCUCACCUCGGGAUCUGCCUCCGCCUCCCGCCUGCUCCCCGAGGGCCUCAGGAAGUCGCCAGAGCCCCAGUCUUCGCCCGAGAAGUGCACUCCGGACCGCGGGCAGCGCUGCCGGCGGGGGGCCAGCCCGCGGCGAUGAAGCCGUCCUGGCUGCAGUGUCGCAAAGUCACCGGCGCCGGGGGACUCGGGGGGCCCCUGCCCGGGUCCUCGCCGGCCCGGGGCGCGGGCACUGCCCGCAGGGCUUACUUGGCCCCCGGCCCGCGGGGCGCGCUCGGGGGUCGGGGCUGCCGAGCGCUGUCUUCGGCCGGCGGUGGCGGCGAGUACAAGACCCACUUCGCGGCCUCGGUGGCCGACCCCGAGAGGUUCUGGGGCAAAGCCGCCGAGCAGAUCAGCUGGUACAAGCCCUGGACCAAAACGCUGGAGAACAGAUACCCGCCUUCCACCAGUUGGUUUGUGGAAGGAAUGCUUAACAUUUGUUACAAUGCCGUUGAUCGUCAUAUUGAAAAUGGUCAAGGAGAUAAGAUUGCUAUCAUCUAUGACAGUCCUGUUACUGAUACUAAGGCAACUAUUACCUACAAAGAAGUUCUGGAGCAGGUCUCUAAGCUCGCUGGUGUUUUGGUCAAGCAUGGUGUCAAAAAAGGUGACACUGUGGUUAUCUACAUGCCCAUGAUACCGCAGGCGAUGUAUACCAUGCUGGCAUGUGCAAGAAUAGGAGCCAUCCACAGUCUCAUAUUUGGGGGAUUUGCAUCCAAAGAACUAAGUAGUCGUAUUGACCAUGCAAAGCCCAAGGUGGUUGUUACAGCAUCCUUUGGGAUUGAACCCGGACGGAGAGUAGAAUACAUACCACUUCUAGAAGAAGCACUGAGACUAGGACAACACAAACCAGAUCAUGUUCUCAUUUAUAAUCGUCCAAAUAUGGAGACCGUUCCCUUGGCUCCAGGUCGUGACCUUGAUUGGGAUGAAGAGAUGGCCAAAGCACAGUCACAUGAUUGUGUUCCUGUUCUUUCAGAACAUCCGCUGUAUAUUCUUUACACGUCUGGAACAACAGGGCUGCCGAAGGGUGUGGUUAGACCCACUGGGGGAUAUGCUGUGAUGCUAAACUGGACAAUGUCUUCUAUAUAUGGACUUAAACCUGGAGAGGUAUGGUGGGCAGCCUCUGACUUAGGCUGGGUUGUUGGACAUUCCUAUAUCUGUUAUGGACCUCUUCUACAUGGGAACACAACAGUUUUAUAUGAGGGAAAGCCUGUGGGAACACCAGAUGCUGGCGCUUAUUUCCGUGUGCUCGCGGAGCAUGGAGUAGCUGCCUUGUUUACAGCGCCGACUGCAAUUAGAGCCAUCCGUCAACAGGACCCUGGGGCAGCCUUGGGGAAGCGGUACUCUCUGACAAGGUUCAAAACGUUGUUUGUGGCUGGAGAACGAUGUGAUGUGGAGACCCUGGAAUGGUCCAAAAAGGUCUUCAGAGUACCUGUCCUAGACCACUGGUGGCAAACUGAGACUGGAUCCCCAAUUACAGCCUCAUGCAUCGGAUUAGGUAAUUCUAAAACCCCUCCUCCAGGACAAGCAGGAAAAAGUGUUCCAGGAUACAAUGUUAUGAUUUUGGAUGACAACAUGCAAAAACUGAAGGCUCGAUGUUUAGGAAAUAUUGUGGUAAAGUUGCCAUUACCACCUGGGGCUUUUUCAGGACUCUGGAAGAAUCAGGAAGCAUUCAAGCAUUUAUACUUUGAAAAAUUUCCUGGAUACUAUGACACCAUGGAUGCUGGUUACAUGGAUGAAGAAGGCUAUCUAUAUGUUAUGUCUCGAGUUGAUGACGUGAUAAAUGUUGCAGGUCACAGAAUUUCUGCAGGUGCUAUUGAAGAGUCGGUCCUCUCCCAUGGCACGGUAGCUGACUGCGCUGUUGUUGGUAAGGAAGAUCCUUUGAAAGGUCACGUCCCCUUAGCACUCUGCGUGUUGAGAAAAGAUAUUAAUACAACAGAGGAACAAGUUUUGGAAGAAAUUGUGAACCAUGUUAGACAGAGCAUUGGCCCUGUGGCUGCUUUUCGAAAUGCAGUGUUUGUGAAACAGUUACCCAAAACAAGAUCUGGAAAAAUUCCCCGGUCAGCUCUGUCUGCCCUGGUCAACGGCAAGCCGUAUAAGAUAACACCUACAAUUGAAGACCCCAGCAUUUUUGGGCACAUAGAAGAAGUGCUGAAGCAGGCAUCAUGACUUUCUUUUUUCCUAUUUUGAGUCAAUUUGAGUCAAUUUUCUAACUGGAGUCAAAUUUUUUGAAUUCUUUCCCAUAAAUAAAUACUUAAAUAGAAA